UAUAAUGACCAAAAGAAUAUUACUAUAUUACUCCUUUCGAUUUGUGCUCAUUAGGAGGCUCAUUAACAUAUUUUCUAAGGAAAAUAAGUGUUACUCCUUUCGAUCUUGUUAUAAGAAAAUCGAUUUAAUUUUGAAGUUUAUCAAACAAAUGAUAUAUGUGAUCUAUAAUAAAUACCGUUUCCCAAUAAGCAAACUGAAGAUUUAACUUCUCCACUGCAUUUUUCUUGUUAAUCAGAAAUGAAAACAGCUUUUGGAAAAAAGCACGUUCCACAUUCACCUUAAACCGUUAUGUUGCUGAUUUCAUUCAAUUCAAUACACAUUUCACAAUCUUUUUCUGAAAACCCCUAAAUCCCUUUCGCUCUCUCUGAAAAACCAUGAAUCUAAUUGUUGGAGCUUUCAAGCCUCCGUGCAAAAUUUCAAUCUCUCUUGCUGAUGGAAGAACUCGCAAGCAGGUUCGCGUGAAGGAAAAUGACCAGACAGUACUAGUUCCUCUCUUUCAAAGUCAGGAGACUAUAAUUGGGGAGGUUAUUAUAGAGCCUGCACGUGGGAAGAAGGUUGAACAUAAUGGUGUAAAAAUUGAGCUUCUUGGUCAAAUAGAACUGUAUUUUGAAAGAGGCAACUUCUAUGACUUUACUUCUCUUGUACGCGAACUUGAGGUUCCUGGAAAUUUAUAUGAAAGGAAAACUUACCCGUUCGAAUUCUCCGCUGUUGAAAUGCCACAUGAAUCUUACAAUGGAAUCAAUGUUAGGCUUAGGUACAUUUUGAAAGUGACAAUUAGUCGAAAUUAUGUCAACAACAUUGUAGAGCACGUGGAUUUUGCUGUGCGCAAUUACGUUCCAGCUCCAUUAAUUAAUAACAGCAUUAAGAUGGAAGUAGGAAUUGAAGACUGCUUACACAUAGAGUUUGAAUACAGUAAAAGCAAGUAUCAUCUGAAGGAUGUUGUCAUUGGCAAAAUAUAUUUUGUUCUGGUGAGAAUCAAAUUAAAAAACAUGGAACUUGAAAUCAGGCGUCGAGAAUCAACUGGAUCAGGGACCAAUAUGUAUGUUGAGACAGAGACCCUUGCAAAGUUUGAGUUGAUGGAUGGUGUUCCAAUCCGAGGAGAAUCAAUUCCUAUAAGAUUGUUCCUCAAUCCAUAUGAGCUGACACCAACAUACCACAAUAUCAAUAACAAAUUCAGCGUGAAGUAUUUCCUAAAUCUUGUUUUCGUGGAUGAAGAGGACCGGCGGUACUUCAAGCAGCAAGAAAUCACAGUAUAUCGCCUACUUGAAAACUCAUGAAUAUCUUUUGCUUGGAAUAAGGGAUUGUUUGGUAGUGUCUGAUGUGAGUGGUAAGUUUCGUGUUUUACUGGUGUUACUAGAAAAGUGAGUAGUAGUACCUUUUCACUUUCUUGACAAGUAUGUAACUAUCCUAAAUUUUGACAUCCAACUUAGCUCCAUUUUUAAAAUGACAUGCAUCAAAACUUCAUAAUUUUCAA